AUGCAAGACGCCGACCUCCAAACCGCCACGGCAUCGGAACCGCUCACCCUGACCGAGGAAUUCGCCAUGCAACGCAGCUGGCGAGCAGAUCGGGAUAAAUUGACGUUUAUCGUCUGUUUUCCGCUCCCAGAAAUUCUUCCGGAAGGCACCCUCCUCAGGGCAGGCGAAUAUGAUCCUCCAGGGAGGAUGCUGGGGGAUGUGAAUUUGUUUUUGUUGCCGUCUGACGAAGAAGAGGGCGAAGAAGACAGCAAUGAUGUUGAUGAGAAUGCGAGGAGCAGCAUCAUCAUCGGGGAAAUCGAACUCAUGAUCGCGCGCAAGGAAUUCCACAGACGAGGCUUCGGGCGUUCCGCGCUCCGGGCUUUUCUCGUUUAUCUCCUCUCGCAUUGGGAGGCCCUGGCGACGGAGUACGCGUCCCCACCACCACGGUUGGAAUUCCUGCGGGUGAAGAUCCAGAAAAGUAACGUGGGGAGUAUCCGAUUGUUUGAAUCCGUGGGGUUUGCGAGGACGGAGCAGGAGGCGAAUUAUUUUGGGGAGGUGGAAUUGAGGUGGGUGCCGGAUUUUGAAGAUUGGAAGGAGAAGGAGAAGGGGGAGGAGGAGGAGGGAAGUUUGGUGGAGUUGAGGUAUGGUCUGUUGUCGUGA